GUUUCUGUAACCACAUGUUGCAGUGCUUGAUUGUACAUCUGCAGCAACUCCUACCUGCCUUCCCUUGCUUUGCGUUGAAUGUUUCACAAUGUGGCUGCUGCAUCAGUAGUUUCUGCCACCUGUGGCAGCACUCCUAUUCCCUCUACGCCACAGAGAGAGGACAAAAAAGGGAAGCUGAGUGAGGUUGAAGAGGAGGAGGAUAUCUUUCAUGAUAAGUGGACUUCUGACGGAGAGAGAGAGAGAGAGAGAGAGAGAUCCUUGCUGCAUACCCAGUUGACACAAAUGAAAGAAUCCUAAACCUGCACCAUGCCUGGACUCAUUAACAAGGAGAACCGGAGUGCCCUGCCCCUCAGUGUCUCUGAUAUCACGUCCUGUGUCAGGGGUUAUACUCUGGCGAUGACAGCCUCUAUGACCUAUGAAAAUAUUGAGGAUCGUGCAAUAGAGGGGAUCUUUAUUUAUCCACUGGAGGAAAAUUCCAUUGUUGUGGGGUUUGAGGCUAUGAUAUCCACUCAAAUUAUAACACUGCAAAUCAAAGACAAGGCAAAAAUUGAGGACUGUUACCUGGAUUGCUGUAACACAUCUAAUGGAGCCCUCCAAAGUGGACAUAUAGUAAUGGAUGAGGCUUUGGAGAGCACAGUGUUAGUGGUUAACCUUGGGCUCAUCCCUCCUAUGGAGACGGUCCAUAUUCUGGUCAGCACCUCCUCCGAACUAUCCACCCUGCCCAGCGGGGGCAUCAGUGUGUCAUCCCCACCGGCGUGUACACCUCGAGUACAGAGGACCAUCAACGAGGAGCAGGGGCUGUCCCCAAACUUCUCCAGAAUGUUGGACAGACAUAUCUGUGCCUCAAGUCCUCAUAAUCAAACUCCCAGCUCCCCUCAGCUGUGGUUGGCUUCACUGCUGGAGGAGGAGGCCAUCAAUUCAAUGGACUAUGAAUUUAACUUCCAGCUGGAGAUACGGGCUCCCUAUCUCCUUGCAGGUGUAGAGAGCCCUUCUCAUGCCAUCCGAGCUGAUGCAGACCCUCUGGCCCGCUCUGCCACCAGCAUCGUCAUCACUCUGGCAGACAAGUACACUUACGACUGUCCUGUCAAAAUCCUCAUCUACCCCAGCGAGCCUCAUCUGCCACACAUACUCAUUGAGAACGGAGAUAUGACACAGGAGGAGUAUGAUGAGUACAUUCACAGCCGGAGUGAUUUCAUCAAGGCCACCAAGAAGGACUCCAGCAAUGAGAAGAAAGUAGAAAUAAUUCACAGGCGACUCCAUAAGGACAUCCUCCACAACCCUGUCGUGAUGUUGAACUUUUGUCCAGACCUCAAAUCUAUCAGCUCAGACCUGAAGAAGGUUCAUGGCGAGUUUAUCUUCCUCAUUGACCGCAGCGGUAGCAUGAGCGGGGUUAACAUCAACCGUGUGAAGGAUGCCAUGGUGGUGAUUCUCAAAAGCCUUGUGCCUGGCUGCCUUUUCAACAUCAUAGGUUUCGGCUCCACAUUCAAAUCACUGUUCACAACCAGCCAGGACUAUGAGGAGGAGGCCCUGGCCCUGGCUUGUGAGUAUGUCAGAAAGCUCAGAGCCGACAUGGGGGGGACCAACAUCCUGGCACCACUCAACUGGAUCUUGAGGCAGCCGAUGUUCAGUGGACAUCCACGCCUGCUCUUCCUACUAACAGAUGGGGCCGUCAGCAACACAGGCAAAGUUAUCGCACUUGUUCGCAGCCAUGCACGCUACAUCAGAUGUUUUACAUUUGGCAUAGGGCAGAAAACUUGCAGGAGGCUGGUGCAGGGUCUGGCGACGGUUUCUAAAGGAACAGCAGAGUUUCUGGCUGAUGGAGAGAGGCUGCAACCCAAGAUGAUAAAGUCCCUGAAGAAAACCAUGUCUCCAGUACUCAGCGACAUUUCCAUUGAAUGGCUUUUUCCUGAGACCAAAGAAGUGUUGCUGUCCCCUGUGGGCAACACCUUCCUGUUUCCAGGGGACAGUCUGAUUGGCUACAGUGUGGUUUGCGACACCCCCCGCUACCACACCAACCCCAAAUCUGAUAAGAGGAGGAGAUAUAGCAUGAUGCGCUCUGUUGAGUCAGCCAGCUCGGUGUUUUACCAUUCUCAAGAAGAGGACCCGGUGAAGACAGGUGUCGACAGUCAGGGCUCCUGCAGGGAGACACCCUCUGGACCUGUGCAUGAAUUCUACCUGGACUCCAUGACAGACGACAGCCUUGUCACCACAGACCAAGACAUCAGGGGGCUGGACAAGUCAUCUCCAAGAAGGCGUGCAUACAGUACCAAUCAAAUAACAGACUAUAACCCAGCAAAGAAGCUCUACACUCCCAGUGACCCCAGCUCUGUGGCGCCAAAGAAUCCACUGAGGAGAGCCAAGGUCCAGGAGCUGAUAGGCCAGAUGAGCCCCGAGCACGAGGUGCAGUGGAGGAAUGACUACCAGCCACAGCUAGUGAGCCUUUGUGCCACAUCUUCCAAACAGCGUCCUGCCAGCUGUCACAGGCCACUCCCUCAGCAGGAGCCGACUCUGCAGCAAGAAGCUGACUCAGAGCUUCAUUUCCAUGCCCAGCCUCAGGACAACCCUCUGCCCAGCAGCAGCGUUGUUCCACUAGCAUCUUGCAACACAUCUGGGGAAGAUGGAUCCAGAUCCUCUGCUGACAGUCCGUCUUUUGGCAGCAUCGGCGAUACGGAUGGUUAUGGGCACCAGUUAUGUCAAGCAGAAACUCCACAGGAGACCCAGACUUCAGAUCAGGGUGCUGCCAACCAGCACAAAGGGAACUGCAAGGCUGUGGUGUCUGGACUGCUGUGCGGGAAACCAAUGAAGUGGGAGGUGGCUUUUGAUAUCGAGCCAUUCCUGAAUGGACGGGAGCGUGAGGAAAAGGUUCAUGAGGAUCUGUGGAACGAGACCUUCCACCACCUGGCUGGGUGCUCCAUCAUACACGACUUUGAGCACAUGGUGGAAAAGGAGUGUGACAUUGAGCAUGGCUCUGGCAGGAAGUACCAGCUCUAUGCUAUUCACACCAGCAAAGCCUGCAAUAUACUGAGCAAAUACACAGCGCUUGUUCCCAUCGACUUGGACACCAAUGAAUAUUUGCAGACAUGUAUUGAAUACAUAAACUCUGGUGAAGGUCUGAAGAGGGGCUCCCGCACCAGCUCUCGUUCAGGGAGCAGGAAGAGCAGAGGAUACUCCAUUGGACUGGGUCGCUCACAGUCUGGUGGCACAGCGGAGGAAGCUGAAGAUGUUCAGAUGAACAGUGGAGAGGAUGUUGUCUCUCCGUGCAGCACCCCGUCCUCCUCUGGCUGGGAGAGAUGUAGCUUCACAGAAGUCUCUCAAAGGAGUCCGUCUGUGACCUCUGACCAAUCACAGAAAUCGGUGGAGAGCCUUUUUUCUGCCAGGUUGGCCCUCAGCAGGACCCGUCUGCUGACUCGAGCUGCCAAAGGAUUCAUGUGUCGAUCUCAAAGCAAGUCUGGUGAUUCAAUUGGAGAGAGCGACAAUGAGAACAAAGACUACAUUUCUCUGGUGUUGUUACAACUGGCUAGUGGUGCAUUUCCCUUGGACACAGCUCUGUGUGAUGCCAUUAAUGUGCCCAUGGACAAACUGAAGUGGACAUCCCCCUUCGCCAGUCACCGCACCAGCCUGGGCCACCUGUCUCACUCCAACAGCCACCGCACUGAGCGUACCGAUGAGGGGUACAGAUCACCGUGUGAGCCUGAAACAUAUCCGCAGCCUGCAGAGCACACUAUGGGCACCUACAGCCCUUCUCAUGUGUCCAGGAGUGCCUGGAUGGAUGCUGGUCCUUCCUCAGUAGGAAGACCAUCCACCACUGCUGAGCCCCUGGUCUCCCCACACUCCCAGGUGGACAGUAGGUGGAGCUCUGGCUCAGGAGGUCUGGAAACAGCAUCACCUGGCGGUGGCCUUAAGGGGAGGCUGGAUCCAGAAAGCAUGGUGUGGGCCACAGCUGUGGCCCUUGCCUGGCUGGAGCACAGCUCUGCCAGUUAUUUCAUAGAGUGGGAACUGGUAGCUGCCAAGGCCAGCUUGUGGUUGAGUGCACAGGACAUCCCAGAAGGCCGUGAUUUAGCCUCCAUCAAGGCUGCAGCCAACCAGCUCUUCAUCAUACUCAGACACUGGGAUGAAAACCUGCAAUUAAACAUGCUCUGUUACAACCCCAACAGUGUGUGAGUCCUGCUAGUCCAAGACUGAAAAUACAGACCACUGAAAGUGCUCAAUUCCAUAUGAUACUAUGCUAACUGAGGCUGUACUAUUCUCUGUUCAGCAGUAUGUCGCCUGGACUUUGACUUUGCUGUUGCAGUUGUGAACAAUGUGUAACUUUCUUUUGUUCGUGUGCUGUUCCUCUAAACAUAUCACAAGCUGUUCAGAGGCACUACGUGCAAGCUAUUACCUCACUGGUGCCAUAUACUGUAGCUGGGUCCCUAUUAGCAAGGGAUCAAAUCAGUUAUGCCACAGAUUUGAAUUUCGUGGAGAAGAAUCUCAGUGUUAAGUUACUAGCAUGCUGGACCAACAUCACAGAAAAGCUCUUAAUGUCUUCAUAUUGAUGUCAUGGGAAGAAAACAGUAAGGGAGGGUUGCCACUGAUCGGCACAUACUGCUUUACAUCUUUACAGCAUUCGCUGAAUUGAUUGUAUUGUGGAAAACGUGUUACAUAAAGAUGUCUGGCUACUUGAUAGCAGUACUGCCAGUUUUUUCUAAUGCCUGCUAGUGUUAUUAAUAUUUGCCAUUUUUGCAGUUUGAUUAUGGCAGAGAGACAAAUAUGCAAGAAGCUAAAGAAAACAUAAAAUAUAUGUUAAGACUUGGUUUUAAAAAAUGUGAGGCUUAGGUGGGAAUCGAUAAGUCGUAUCCCACUGGCAUGCUAUUUAUUGUUUGUUAUAAUGCAUCUGCUGUUUACAUUUUUUCACUUAUCUAAGUAUGCCUGCCUUAGAGGUUUGAUUAUGCAUUAGUCUUUUGAUUCAGAGAGAGUAACACAGAGCUGGAGUCAGUUGUACUUUCCGUUUGCAAGUGCAGAAUUAGUGCAGGUUAAUUGUUCAAGAAGAAAUAUGAAUUUUGACGCAAAAUGCAGCAAUCUACUCCUGAGGAUUUUAAAGUAUUAGUUGUGUGUCACAGCUUCUGGUGUAGCUGCUGACCGUGUUGAAAGGCAGGCCAAGCUAUGACACCUAAAUUCUGACUGAUUUUAGAGCACCAGCACAGACUUCUCCUCUUCACCUUACUCUCAUUCUGCAAGUCUCUGGAUUAGUGUAGUCUGAUAUUUCUACUAAGAGCAUGUAGUUGUACCACUAAACACAUUUCUCCAUGUAGGCAUAUAUAACUAAAAAACAAAGACAUAUCUACAUUUACAGAUUACUUUUUGAUUGGACCAAACUAAAAAUGUUUCUUAGCAACAACCUAGUGAAGACAUUUCUCACGUUUCCUCAAAAUGCUGCAUCUGAAUUUAGUAAAUCACUGCUGUAUUUGAUACUAGCUAGUUAAUUGGAACUUAAGAAGGAUGUUACACAAAAUCUGUAAUGGAUUUAAUCUUAAUAUGGGCACCGAUCAACAGUCCUGCUUUGGGAAUCAUGGAGUUCCCUGCUGGUUUGGUUAUCGUCACAGCUCAUUUACCGCAAGUGCCUAACCAAGGGUCAGAGUUAGCAGCUAUCUGUUCACUGCAGUUAAAUCGGUGUGGAUAAUGACUGGUUCUUUUUCUUAACUAUACAGCAGCUAGUCUUCUCUCUUUCUUUUAAAUGUUUCUCAACUCUGCUGGUGGCCUAUGUAUCUUUCUGUAUUGAUUCUCUUCCUUAUUCCAUUGUAGUGUUGCUUUACUCAGGUAUUUUUUUUCACUCAGGCUGAGUUGCAUAAGUCCUUCUGCAUGAACACAGGAGUUUGUUAUGAUGUUUAAUGAGUGAAUUACCACAGUGGAGCCAGUAGUGCAGCAUUUUGCUCUCUGAAAUGAGAAAUAAAAUAGAUGUCAUACAGUAAUAUUUUUGUGCUGUAAUUGCAGUAUUAGGUGCAGCUGUACUUGUAAUCAGUAGUAUUUUUAUGUAUUGCGUCAGAUGUAUAGUGCAGUAUCUUUCUACUUGCUGUGUGUGCCUUUAUAAUUGUUGACUGUUUGAGGCUGUUGAAAGCUUCUGUAGUGUCUUAUAAAUGUUGCUGCUAUGAUCAGCUGUACAGGUGCAUGUAAUAAAAUAACUCU